AUGAGGCCUACUUUGAAGUAUAAAGCUGAUGGUUCCAUUGACCGUUACAAGGCUAUAUUGGUAGCAAAUGGUUAUACUCAGACUUAUGGAGUGGAUUAUUUGGAGACCUUUGCUCCAGUGGCAAAGCUCAAUACUGUGCAUGAGGAGAUUUACAUGGAUCUCCCUCGUGGUAUUCCUGUAACCUCUAAAAAGGGUGUUAUGUGUAAGCUACGGAAGUCUUUAUAUGGAUGGAAGCAGUCUCCAAAAGCGUGGUUUAGGAGAUUUGCAGCAUCUAUGAAGAAAUUUGGGUUUGUACAGAGUAACUCGGACCAUACGUUGUUUCUAAAGCGUCACAAAGAAAUGCAAAAUCUUCAGAAGUAUCUGGCUUCCGAGUUUGAGAUGAAGUCAUUGGGUGAUUUGAAGUACUUUCUUGGGAUUGAAGUUGCCAGAUCUAAACAUGGUAUCUUUCUGUCUCAAAGAAAGUAUACUUUGGAUUUACUUGCAGAGACUGGAAUGUUAGAUUGUAAACCAAUUGAUAUCCCUAGUGAACAUAAUCAUAAGUUAGGGUUGUAUCCUGAUCAAGUCCCUACAGAUAAAGAGCGUUAUCAACGACUUGUGGGGAAAUUGAUUUAUUUAUCUCAUACACGUCCUGAUAUUGCAUAUGCAAUGAGUGUAGUGAGUCAGUUUAUGCAUUCUCGUAGUGAAGAUCAUAUGGGUGUUUUGAUGUGCAUCUUGAGGUAUCUGAAAGUAACUCCUGGAAAGGGGUUAAUGUUUUGCAAGUAUGGUCAUACAGAUGUGGAAGGGUAUACAGAUGCUGAUUGGGCUGGUUCAGUCAUUAAUAAACAUUCUACGUUUAGGUAUUUCACAUUUGUUGGUGGUAAUCUUGUUACUUGGAGGAGUAAAAAGCAAAAAGUGGUGUCUAGGUCUAGUGCCGAGGCCGAGUAUCGUGGGAUGACUCAAGGUGUGUGUGAGUUACUAUGGUUGAGAAGAUUGUUGAGAGAUUUUGGGUUUGGACCCCAGAAACCCAUGGAUUUGUAUUGUGAUAAUAAAGCUGCAAUUGCAAUUGCACAUAACCCUGUGCAACAUGAUCGUACAAAGCACAUGGAGGUUAAUCGACAUUUUGUUAAAGAGAAGUUGGAUGCUAAAAUUAUUUCUUUUCCGUUUAUAUCAUCCGAGUAUCAACUGGCAGAUGUUCUUACGAAAGCUGUGUCUACUAUGGUCUUUCUCAACUCGCUUGACAAGUUGGGCUUGCUUUACAUCUUUGCUCCAACUUGA